CUCCAUGCAGGAGAGAGAGCACUCACUCGGAAGAGAAUGACAAAUAAGGACACUAACCGGACAUGUCUUUUUAGAGACUCUAAAGUAAUACAUUUUCUUUAAAAUAAAUUUAAGUUAGACAAAUAGACGAUAUUAUGUUCUGAAACUUUUUUCUUUUAUAAACCGCCAGCUUAUCAGUGCUAAUGGGGGUGAAAACUGUCUUGCUUUCAAUUAUAGUUGCUCAAAUGUUCACUGCCAUCUUUAACGAGAGCUCUAUAAGCAGUUUUUUACAGACUGAAGAGCCAAUAGAAGGCAUUUAUUCCCCAAACAUGAACUCUUCCUCAGAUCCUGAUGAUCCCGAAUCAGGUACAGUUCACAAAGGAAUGCGCAGUUUCAGUGCCUAUGCUACAGAGCCAGAAGUUUACAAUGAACAACAGAUGAUUUCCAAAUCAUUUAAUAGGAUGAAUCAAGAGCCACAGAUUAGAAGUGCAGGUCUUGAAAUCUCAAAUGUGUCUCACUCUGAUGACUAUCAUGUUACACAUAAAUGUAACAACACUGAAAUUGGUUCAAUGAAAUGCAACCAGACUACAGCAGUCUCAGUGAUUUUUGCCAUCUCGAAUGAGACCGGGCUCUUCCUCAAAGGUCUGCUGGUCACACGUGUCAUGCCCUCUUUCUGCAUCUUCCUCUUCCUCAUUAGUAUGCCCCUAAACACAUUGGCCUUGGUGACAUUCACCUGUAGGAUUCAAGCAAAGAAACCAGCUGUGAUCUUCAUGUCUCACCUGGCAUGUGUUGACCUGCUCUUCACCUUGCUGCUGCCUCUGAAGAUCCACUACCACCUGAAUGGUUCAGAUUGGGUGUUUGGUGAGGUGGCAUGUCGUGUACUCAGCGCGGCUUACUACUGCUACAUGUACUGCUCUAUACUGCUGAUGAUGUGCAUGAGUGUGGACAGACUGUUGGCUGUGGUGUUUCCUGUCGCUUCUCUAUCCUGGCGGAACACAAGGAAAGCAACCAGCGUAUGUGUAGUGAUCUGGCUGUUGGCAAUCGCUGGCACAGUGCCACUUCUCUCCAUAACGCAAACAUUGAAGAUCAAGUAUGUUGGCAUCACCUGUCAUGACGUUCUGUACUACACACAGCAGAAUGUGUACCUGUACCUGUUCUCCAUCCUCUCCUGCCUCUACUUCAUCUUGCCACUUGUCAUCACCUUGGUGAGCUACUCUGCCAUCAUAUAUGUGCUCAGUGCCCAGUCUACCCAAUUAGCAACAACAUCCUCAAACAAACGAAGGAGAGCUGUGAUUAUGACUAUCGCAGUGGUGACAGAGUUUGUGGCAUGCUUUGCACCAACCAAUGGCAUCCUGUUGUACCACUGCAUUCAUCUGGCCACUGGAGGUCACAGUGGGGUGGCAGAUUCAUCCUAUGCAGCUUACAUGUUGGCUUUGUGUGCGGGGAGUUCGAGUGUUUUCCUGGACCCUCUGCUGUACUACUACGGCUCGUCUCAGUGCAGAAAGCAAAUCAACUCUGUGUUUUUGUGGAGAAAGACAAAAAGAACAACCACAUUAUCUCUCAGUCACAGUGGCAGGCCAUGCAUUAAAAGUCUUGGCCCACAGUGUGAUUCAUGCCAUUAAGAAAACACAGUUUCACAAUGAAUAAGACACCCUAUACCUUUGGGCAUCAUACAUUAUGUCGCAGCUAACUAAUAAUACCAACUUUAUAACAACAUUUUAAAAACACAUCCACGCAUGAAAGCCAGAACUUGAAAUGAUACUUAAUGCUCAAGCAAGCCUAAUUUUAACUGCAGCAUGACUGUUCUGUGAAAUGAACGUCUCCCGAACAGAUAUUCAAAAAUCAUAAUUUUUCAUGUGAAUCUACCAAGGAGGUCUAUAAUACUUGGAAAAAUCAAUCUAAUAAUAUUUGCGAUUUAAAUGUUGCCUGCAAUAAAUUUCGUUUCAUCAGGGUGCACGGUUAUGCUGCGCUCCAUGCAAGUUGGAUGUGGGAAAUUCCUACUUGAUAUCUCCGAACAUAAAUGUAUUCCAUUCCCCGAUAUUCGGAACUGCAAUGCUCCCAUUAGCUUAACAGGGGUUUGACCCUCAUUGGAGAUGUCUCCUAGCAACCCAACUGAUAAACAAUGCUGCAGCGCUAGCAUUUGUGCUUCUGGUGUACGAUUAUCAAAAGAGAUUAUAAUGUAUUAUACACCUGUUUCUGCAGGCAUUUGUUAAAUGAGCUUUAAUAUCAUGUAAUGUGGAAACGAACUCAUUUAUCGAUAUUACUUAAUAAAGUGAAUGUUUAUCACUUACUUUGUAUAUUUUCCUGAGUGUCGACAUGUUUGUGUGACAUCAUGCCCCUGCAUCUCGGCGAAAUCGGAGUUGAGAAUUUCUGCACGAGCCUACAAGUUGUAAUUCUAACUUCAAGAUGGAUUCCAUUGCACUUUUCCUAGUAGCAAGUUGUCAAAUCCGACUUUCUGAGUUGAAUGGAAUGCAGCACUUCUUUUCAAAACUUGAUCUGACACUGAAUGCUCCAGCAGCCUAAUUUACACUUAGAAAACUCCUGAUGUUGCUAUAAUAAUGCAAAAAGCUCUUACCAAUUUGCUUGAAGUGAAAAUCAGUCCUCCUUUCAUGAUUAAUAAAUUAAGCAAUCACAUGGUCAUGCAGAACAUCUCAGAUUUAUAAAUCCAUAAGGAUCUCUUUCUCAAUGGUGAUAGCGGCAGUAAUGACAGUCGACUCAUCAGUAAGAUCUCACGCUCUUCGCUUUCAAGUUACGUCACUUAAAGCGUGAUUGCGUCACUCAAGGCCAGCUAGAAGGCCUCGACUGGGACAUAUCCUAAAUAUCACACCCACCAAGAACAAAUAAAUCAAUCUGAUUGGCUGAUGAAUCUGACAAUCUGACUUUAGUUGCCCAUUCAUUUGCACUGUUGAGGGAUACUGUGGA